AUGCCACCGUCGUCUAUACCGUCACAGGUUUCCCCAAGCAAAGGCACGAUAUUAGCCCGCGUUCAGCAACGUCUGGAUCGCAGGAUAGCUGAAUAUGACUCAGCUGGGCCCAGGUUCGCGUUCGAAUACGAUCCUAUGGUGCUUGAGCUCCCUGCCUCUGCGCCUGCCAAAGCAUUCCCCACGGCAACGAUGAACACGCUCGGCGCCCAAGUCUCGCUUGGUCUACCAGCAGUCUUCGCCGACGGAGUUCGCCACCUGUUCGAGCCGAAGUCGCACGCAUCAGCGGAUCCUUUCACUGCUGAGAUUAAGAACAAGGUGGGUUCCUGGAACAUGCCUUUCGCCGGUACUGCCUCUGGUAGCACCGCGUCUGUCGUUCCCGUCUGUAUGAAAACCCACGCUCGUCUGGCCAUGGUCAAUUGCAUUCGUAAUCGCCAGGCUGAUCUCGUCAUCCAAGGCCGCAACCACCCACAGCAGUGUCAGUGUGCGACCUGCAGUGAGAUUCGUCUAGCGAAUAGCCACCAUGAGCUGAGUCCGGAAGACGAGGGACUGGGCAAUAUUGGAUGA